CUUGCAAAGACAAAACCUUCCUUGAUUAAACCAACAUGUCUGCGCCCUUUGGACAAUGUAAAAAAUAAAUAAACGUGAAGUAACCUUGCGGUUCGCAUAGUCUGAAAUUGAGAGAUGAGUUGGCAGCUUGAGUUGCAAAUAGCUAUAUCAAAGUGAAAUGGCUUUACGUGUGUGCCACUCUAUUAUAAGAAGCUCGCUCCGUUUAUCAAGACUGUGUAACGUGUCUGCGCCACUCGAAAAUGCGUCACCUUUUCUCCGAAUAGGCUGCGCUGCUCGCCGUUCGUGGAAUGAUGGAAUCGGUCUUCGCUUCACCCCAGUUUGUUUUAUUACAUCGGAUACUUUUUUGAACAGACUGGUUAAAGGCAAUGCCACAGAGGCAGAUGGCGUCCUUGAUCCCUAUGUAACCUCAGUUCCCCCCGACAGCGGUGAACAAAUAUCAUUGCUGGUCAAAGUUCCAGAUCAACCGGCAAACCCAAAGGUGUUAAAAGUAGCCGUAAUUGGGGCCCCUAAUGCUGGAAAGUCCACUUUGUCCAACCAACUUCUUGGUAGAAAGGUCUUUGCUGUGUCUAAGAAAGUUCACACAACACGAUCUCGUACCCUCGGUGUCAUCACAGAUGACGACACGCAAAUUAUUCUACUAGACACGCCCGGACUCACAACUCCAGUAAAAGUCAAAAGGCAUCAGCUGGAGAAAUCUAUGCUUGUGGAUCCCUGGAAUACAGUCCAAGAAGCUGACCUCGUGUUAGUGAUGGUGGACGUGUCUGACAAGUGGGCUUGCGGCAAGCUGGACAAUGAGAUCCUAAAGUGCCUGACACAAAACCCAGACAUCCCAACGGUGUUGGUACUCAACAAGGUAGACCUGCUCAGGAAUAAAAGCAAGUUGUUGGAGUACACGGCAGAGCUAACGUGCGGGGUGGUCAACGGGCGUAAGAUCCGGGUCAAAACCCGGACCGGGCCUCCCAGGGCUGACAAGGGCCAGGUGAGGGGUCCGGAGGCUGGGGAAGAGGGACGGGAGGUGGGCCCCACAGAUGACUGUGAGCACCAGACUGGGCUGAGCAGAGAGCAGCAGAGGUUCCUCAGGACCCAGCGGGGAUGGUCUCACUUCAAGGAUGUGUUCAUGCUCUCUGCUGUGGAUGGGGAGGAAGUGGAGCCUCUGAAGAGGUACCUACUUGUGGAGGCGAAACCGGGCUCAUGGCUGUACCACAGUGAGGUGCUCACUGACCAAAGUCCAGAGGAGGUCUGCACUAACAUUGUUAGGGAGAAACUUCUAGAGUAUCUGCCUAAAGAAGUGCCCUACACAAUGACACAGUCUGUUGAUUUAUGGCAAGACAGAGACAAUGGCGAGCUGGAUAUAGCAGUGAAACUUUACGUGGCGAAAGAAACGCACAUGAAAAUGGUGAUUGGCCAGGCUGGCCAGAUGGUGGGCCGGAUCGCCCGGGAGGCUGGGGAGGACCUGUGUCACGUGUUCAGGAGAGAGGUCAAGCUCAGGCUCUCUGUGAAGGUGAAGGGCUGAAGAGGUCAGAUGGAGAGAGACAGUCACAUGCCGGUCCAGACCCUGCUAGGAAGAUGGAAACGGACGUCCACCCCAUCUGGGUCUCUCUGGCUGUUACUGUGGAUGGGACCCUAGGCUGCACUGUGCUGCAGCAGCGCUUGGCCGAGCUUAUGACUCAGCUGAAAUGACUCCUGCGGAAGCGGUUUUGGGCCACUGCAGUCUCUUUUGUCUCUGAAAUGGCUCCCGGUUGCUCCGACGACUUCUGUGAAGACUGAUCAGAUGCCGUCAUAAGCAGUGCUGUGACUUUUUUUCGUUGUUGUCGCUGCUCUGUUUAAUAGAAGUUUCUUUCAAGAAUGUAACUGAAUUUCUUGCACGUUGUUACGUGUGUGUGUGUUGAAGAGUAGAUUGAGGGUCAUGGAAAGCGUGCUGUUUUUAUCUGUGGUCUCCAGAACCUUGCUCUUGGCAGUAUCCCUUUUGCAAACCUGGACUGCUGAUAAUUCAACAGAGACAAUCCCAGUCAUGUGCUGUCAAAUGCCCCUGCGGUGUUAGCCAGACCCAGCUUUUCCCACAUCCUCAUUCCUUCCCAAGUUCCGGUCAGCUGCCUUUAAACCAUCUCGUUCCCCUUAACCCUCUUCUUCACUCUCUAUUCUCUCCCUCUCUAAGCCCCUGCAGACUGAAAUGUCUCUUUAUUGAAAGGCAAUACAGUGUUCUAACCUGCCUGUAAAAAAAAUGGGUCAGAUAAUGGUGAUUAGAUUCAUUUCGGCCAGCUGUGAGUUUGCUCUGUGCUGACUCUAUUCAGGGUGAAUAACAAGCCAGCACCUCAUGACCUAAAGUGAGGGAAGAGAGUGCUGGGCUACAACUACCAUUAUCUAGCGUUCUAGAACAAUCUCCAGCUGCUCUCCAUUGAUUAAACAGGCAGUUGUACUGUAAAGAUCUCAUAUCAGACAACCCAACUGCAGUCUUGAAAGUUGUAGCAACAGCAAAUGUAACCAUUAUAAGAAGUCAAUAAAGAGAGUGUUAUUUGUGUGUGGAGGGGGAAAAAAGCACAAAUGCUUCUUGUACACACAAAAUGGUGGAA